CGAAAAUCAGAAUCCGAGUAAAGGAGGAGUAUAUAAAAAUUUUAGUAGAACAAAGUCGGAGCACGCAUCCCAUGCGGGUCCGACCCAUUGAGAGUCUUGGAUCUUUGCCUAUUCUCGGCUAGAAGUAAGAACCUAAGACAAGACAAUAAAGUUCUACCUUUGUCUUUUUCCUCCAUUGAGGGUUUAUCCAUCGAAGUCUAGAAUCUUCUCCUUUUAAAUACAGAAAUUGAUAAAAGUUUUGUUUCUUGAUUAUCUUUGCAAAUCGAUUGGAGCGGUAAAAAACGAUGUUUUUAGUUGAUUGGUUCUACGGUGUUCUUGCUUCACUUGGUUUAUGGCAAAAAGAAGCCAAGAUCUUGUUUUUGGGUCUCGAUAAUGCCGGAAAAACCACCUUGCUUCAUAUGUUGAAAGAUGAGAGAUUGGUACAACAUCAGCCAACUCAGUAUCCUACAUCUGAAGAGCUUAGUAUUGGUAAAAUCAAGUUUAAGGCCUUUGAUUUGGGAGGGCAUCAGAUUGCGCGUCGCGUUUGGAAAGAUUACUACGCUAAGGUGGAUGCUGUGGUUUACCUAGUGGAUGCGUUUGACAAGGAGAGGUUUGCAGAAUCGAAGAAGGAGCUGGAUGCUCUUCUGUCUGAUGAAGCUUUAGCCAAUGUUCCGUUUUUGAUUCUAGGUAACAAGAUUGACAUACCCUAUGCAGCCUCAGAAGAUGAGCUGCGUUAUCACCUUGGUCUUAGCAACUUUACCACUGGUAAAGGGAUGGUUAACCUGGCAGACUCCAACGUCCGACCUAUGGAGGUAUUCAUGUGCAGCAUUGUCAGGAAAAUGGGCUACGGGGAAGGCUUCAAGUGGCUCUCUCAGUACAUCUAGUAGCUUUUAUAGAGUAGGUUAAUGGUGUCUUGUAUUUCUCGUUUUUUGAUACUAUUCUCAGCUGAAUGUGGUUUGACAUGAUUGCUGAGAUAGAUAUUUCCAGUUUCUGCUAGUUUUGGCAAAAGGACUAGGUAUGCCAGUUUAUUGUGAUUUGUGAAUGGUGCUGUGCAUAAUGAGUGUUGUGAUUUGUGAAUGAGUAUGACAACUUCAUAUAAGAUAGAAGUGCUAUUGAAGUAUGUUUCGAUGCCAUAUGUAGGCACUCAUUGAUUUGUUAUGCAGUA